AUGGCUUCGAGCGACUCUCCUGUUCCUCUCCCUGCUCCUUCUUCAACAUCAUCUAGGGUUAGCUCAGGAAUCGUUGGAAAAGCAGUUAAUGCGCUUCUGAAAUGGAAUGAAUCAAAGAAGAAAAAGCUGGAGAAAGCCCAGUUGUUAGAGCAAGAUGACUUCCUCUAUCUCAUUCUAACCCUCAAGAAGAUCCUUGCAAAUGGUCGAACAGACCCUUACAAGAUCCCUCUAUCACACCCUCUCCACUCCCCAGAAGAGGAACUCUAUCUCAUCAUCGACGAUCGCUCCAAAAAUCGUCUCACCUCUGAAGCCACCAAAAAGAAAAUCCAGAUAAAGAAUUCAACCUGUGAAUCCCAGAUCCACUGGCAUGGUAUUCGUUAUGAUUGCGAUGACUUACUGAAAUGA